UGGCCACUCCUCAGCCCCUCACGUCCCUCUGGAAACCCGUGGACUACAAGUCCCGGUAGGCUUCGGGCACUUAGCUCUGACUGCACGUGCGCACACGGCUGCCCGCCGGAAGGACCGAGUCUGGCUGUGUUUAUCUCGUUGGGGAGCUAGCCGUCGGUUGGCGCGCAACGGGUUCUAGACUGCAGGCAGCGCGAGGAUCCGCGGCCCCGCCCCGGCCCGGCCUGGCAGUCCAGAUCCAAGAUCUUUUGGAUUGAGAACAGGAGUAAUGAAGUGAGAGUGGUUUCCUGCCGGGGCUAUUUCAGAGCACAGAUUCUUAGAGAGGUGGCAGUAAGCGGAGCAGAGCCAGAGAGACAAGAGAAUGCACUGCCCUGGGAAGGGCAGGCGGUGCUUGCAGCUUGUGCCAGGCCAGCGACACGGUGAAGCCUCCAUGAGUAAGGGAUGACCAUGCUGAACCUUUGAUCAGCAAAUUCUGAGCUGUCAAUCAGGUCAGAGCCGCCCCGCCCUUCACUGUGGGAGAACACAGGACCAGGGCUAGCUCCCUGACCUCUACCUGAGCUUUGGAAAGGUGGUGUGGGAGGGCCACCAGGGUGACACUUGGAGGCAAGGGCUGGUCCUGGGCAGAGUCCUGGUGAGCCAGAUAAAGACCUUGCCUGAGGAGCCCAUGGCCAUAACUUGUGUGCAGGUAGCAGAGGCAGCAGGCCGUGCCGGGGGGGCAUGUUGCUGUAACCAGUGACCCAGGGGAUGUUACGGUGGACAGUGCACCUGGAGGGCGGGCCCCGCAGGGUGAACCAUGCUGCAGUGGCUGUUGGGCACCGGGUAUACUCCUUCGGGGGUUACUGCUCUGGUGAAGACUAUGAAACACUGCGGCAGAUUGAUGUACACAUUUUCAAUGCAGUGUCCUUGCGUUGGACAAAGCUGCCCCCAGUGAGGCCUGCCAUCCGUGGGCAGGCUCCUGUGGUACCCUACAUGCGGUAUGGACACUCGACCGUCCUCAUCGAUGACAUGGUCUUCCUUUGGGGCGGGCGGAAUGACACCGAAGGAGCCUGCAAUGUACUUUAUGCCUUUGACGUCAAUACUCACAAGUGGUCCACACCGCGAGUGUCAGGAACAGUUCCUGGGGCCCGGGAUGGACAUUCAGCUUGUGUCCUGGGCAAAACCAUGUACAUUUUCGGGGGCUACGAGCAGCUGGCGGACUGCUUUUCCAAUGACAUUCACAAGCUGGAUACCAGUACCAUGACAUGGACCCUUAUUUGUACAAAGGGCAACCCUGCACGCUGGAGGGACUUUCACUCAGCUACAAUGCUGGGCAGUCACAUGUAUGUCUUUGGGGGCCGUGCCGACCGCUUUGGGCCGUUCCAUUCCAACAAUGAGAUUUACUGCAACCGCAUCCGUGUCUUUGACACCAGGACUGAGGCCUGGCUGGACUGUCCACCCACUCCAGUGCUGCCUGAGGGCCGCCGGAGCCACUCAGCCUUUGGUUAUAAUGGGGAGCUGUAUAUCUUUGGUGGCUAUAAUGCAAGGCUGAACCGGCAUUUCCAUGACCUCUGGAAGUUUAACCCUGUGUCCUUUACCUGGAAAAAGAUUGAACCGAAGGGGAAGGGGCCAUGUCCCCGCCGGCGCCAGUGCUGCUGUAUUGUUGGUGACAAGAUUGUUCUCUUUGGGGGUACCAGUCCAUCUCCUGAGGAAGGCCUGGGAGAUGAAUUUGACCUCAUAGAUCAUUCUGAUUUACACAUUUUGGACUUUAACACAUCUGACAUGUCAUUUGAAGAGCUGUUGGAAUUGCAGAACAAAGUGGGGACUAAGACAUACAAACAGUUGGUAGCUGGAAACAAUACUAAGAAGCCAAGUUCUAGACCACCUGUCCAAAAUGCAUGUGUUGCAGAUAAGCACAGGCCUCUGGAAAUGUCAGCCAAGGUUCGGGUGCCAUUUUUGCGUCAAGUUGUUCCAGUCAGUAAGAAGGUAGCCCGGGACCCCCGCUUUGACGAUCUGUCAGGGGAAUAUAAUCCUGAGGUGUUUGACAAAACGUAUCAAUUCCUGAAUGACAUCCGAGCCAAAGAGAAAGAGCUUGUGAAAAAGCAGUUGAAGAAGCACCGUUCAGGGCAGGAGCACGAGAAACUGCAGCAGCUGCUCCAGAGAAUGGAGCAGCAAGAACUGGCACAGCAGGAACGCAAGCGGCAGCAGGAGCUGCGCCUGGCCCUGAAGCAGGAGAGGCGGGCUCGGGCCCAGCAGGGCCAUCGGCCAUACUUCCUGAAGAAAUCUGAGCAGCGCCAGUUGGUCCUAGCUGAGAAGUUCAAGGAGUUGAAACGUAGUAAGAAGUUAGAGAGCUUCUUGAGUCGAAAGAGGCGCCGAAAUGCAGGCAAGGACCGGAGACAUCUCCCUUUGAACAAAGAGUAAUGAGGAACGGUUCUCAGCUCUGCCACUGCCCCAGUGAGAAACGGAUCUAUGGGGACAGACUUGGGCUUGGCCUCUUCUAGUUGUUUUUCAUGAAAGGGCAAGGAUCAUAGCUGCCCUUGAGCUAGAUUGGCUCAAAGAUGACCAGAGGGCUCUUGGACAAGAAGAUCAGCCCAGCCUUCUGUCCUGGCACACUUUGUCUGCUUGGAUCUGGUUCAUCAUGUCCUCAUGUUCUCCCAUCCUUGCUUUAAACCAGUGAUCGUGGUGUAGAAGAAAAAGGGCCAGUGAGUGAGUGAGUGAUCUUGAGGCUAGUGAAGGCUGUAAAGCUCCUAGUGCUGGGACUUUAUGUAAGAGCCAAAUUGUAAACAUUCCUGUUAUUCUUCUUUUUAUUAUUUUUUGGUGGGUUUUUCGAGCGGCCUAGAACUACUGUUUCAGUGGGCCAUCUGUGGGGGCUGGCAGCAAACUUAAGGCUCCCAUAAAGUGGGAAAUCAGACCAGAGACCCCUCCUACUUAAACCUCAAAGAAGACACGAUCAUUGAAAGGGUAAACCACUCUCACAGCUCACCUAUGUAGUUUUGGUUUUGGAUACAGAGGGAGAGAGGAGGUGAGGACAGAAAGUUUCCCCAGUAAUGUAGAAUCACGGCUGGUUGUCGGUACUGUUUGGGUCUACAGUUCCUACUCCCGUGUGGACUAGAGAAUCCUCAAGCUAAUUAAUGAUUCAGUUUGAAGUGGUCUCGGGUUGGUAGUGCUUCCAGGCACCUGGCAGAAGCAAAUGUAAUCUUCACUUGGAGGGUUGUACUUGAAACUCAAGCCUCAAGGAGUUCCUUUAGAUAAAAUUUGAAGGAAUGUGAGCUUUCAGUGAAAAUAUGAAGCACACAAGGGAAGAAAUCACCAUGAGCAAGAGUCAUCAGGGACAAUAGAAAACAGACUCAGACCAGCAAAGACAGAUGUUAGAAAUAUAAAAUACAAAACAAAA